CGUCGGCGUUGCUACAACUGAUGGGGCACAGCGUCCCUAGCAUCGAAAGAACGUCAAGGGCAGGAACUUUUUCUCUUUUCUUAUUUUACGACGUGUAGCCUAUAAAUACAGAGCGCGCGCUUGUCAGGGGCGCACUCGCGCCGGAUUAACAAAGGCCUGUUGCAGCGAGGUGGGACGAUCAGGAAACAUUUCGUUGGAUUAGGAGUCAAUAAAACGGACAUGGCAGACAGUCUACGGAGGCUGGUGAACUCAUCAUCCUUCAGCCUUCUGCAACAGAAAUUAGAGUCGUGGUACAAAGACUAUCAUGUGAUCUCAUGUGACCAAAACCUGAACCGUUGCUGUGAGCUGGUGGAACUCACUUCCAAAAUCCAAGGCCAACUCUUCUCAAUACUCAACCAAACUGCAAGAGAGGGUGGGCAUUAUGCAGGCGUGGAAACCCUCAAAACACGGUUGCUGCCUUGGCUUGGCACCUGUUUUACCAUGGCAUCCUCCUCCGUCUCCCCAGAUACCAGCCUUAACCUCAUUCAGGACUCUCUGGAGAAGGACAGGAAGAUCCAUGAGCUGACCGCUUCCCACGAGAGUGACAGGCUGAAGAUGGAGACAGAGUUGUGCUCCUCCCGUAUCCAGCUGGACUCCGUCAAACAGAGCCUCGUUGAUGCCCAGCUGGCACUGGACGACACCAAGAACAAAUCGGCCACCACCCUGCUUGCCACCGAGGACGAAAUCCUGCAGCUGAGAGCAGAGUUGCGUUCAGCUCAGGAUCAGGUAGAGCUGUACAAGAGGAAACUGGACGUGUUUGAUGACUACGAGAGACAAGUGCGCAUGCUGAGAGAUGAGGUGUCCAUCCUGACGGCCGAGAAGACAGUGCUGCAGGAGAGGCUGGUACGGAGUCGUUCCCCGAGCCCUCUCCCGCGCCGCAGCCGUGCCAGCAGCCCGCUGAGGAGCGAGUCCCCCACGCGCGCCCAGCUCACCAACUCGGCCCGCCACGCCCGGCUGGUGUCGCGCUUCAGCGACCUGUACGCCACCGAGCGCCUGGAGGCCCAGAGCCUGCUGCGCCGCUACAUCGACGACCUGGAGACCGUCCAGAGGAUCAUCUUCAUCGCGGCCGUGGAGUCAUUUCAGGCCGCUAAGCUGGCAUUCAGGCAGUUUAAGCUGCGCGUACGGAAGACUCUGGGUCCUUCCCACUUUGGUCCAGAGACCCUUGAAGAUGCAGUGAUGGAUUACAUCGUCCGAAACCUUGACCUCUAUGACGUCCAAGCCAGUGUAAAUGACGUGAUCAACGCUAUGAAUGUGAACCCGCGCAUCUCCUUCCCUGCGGAGGUGGACUUUGUGCUGAUCAGCAGCUUCACCAGGGAGACGUGCAGGAUCGCCUUCGCCAUGCAGACGCUGGACCCACCGCUGGACCUGGCCUUCAGCACGGACGGAGAGCUGUACAAUGACAUCAAGUAUCGGCGUAGUUAUGACUCGGAGUUCACCGCUCCCCUGGUGGUGUACCACGUGUGGCCAGCCCUGGUGGAGGACGACGUCAUCAUCGUGAAGGGGGAGGCCGUUACCCGCAGAGGCGCUCUGGUAAAGUCAGCUUCGUGGAGGAGCAGAAGCAGGAGCUCUAGUCCCGUGCGCUCUCGUUCCGGAAGCCCCACUCGCACGCUUUCUAGCCUCAACCGUAGUCUCUCGCCUGAACGUCUUACCAUCAGUCGCCUGUAAAACCUGGACUUGAUCUCCAGCUCCUGGCCUUUCCCUUGACACAGACUUACAGUAAAAAUUAUCAUUUUGUUGAAGUGACUAAAGAAAUCUGCAUUCA